GCCAUGGACGCGGCCGAGCUGUACGAGGAGGAUGGCAAGGACCUGGCGGGCUACGACUUCGAGCCGCUCCCCACUCUGCCGGAGGACGAGGAGAACGUGUCCCUGGCCGACAUCCUCUCCCUGCGGGACCGCGGCCUCAGCGAGCAGGAGGCAUGGGCCGUGUGCCUGGAGUGCAGCCUGUCCAUGAGGAGCGUCGCCCACACGGCCAUCUUCCAGACCCUGUGCAUCACGCCGGACACUCUGGCGUUCAACACGAGCGGGAACGUGUGCUUCAUGGAGCAGCUCAGUGAUGACCCCGAGGGUGCCUUUGUUCCCCCGGAGUUCGAUGUGACCGGGAACACCUUUGAGGCUCACAUCUACUCUCUGGGGGCCACGCUGAAGGCGGCCCUGGAGUACGUGACUGAGCCCGAGCUGGAGCCCAGGCUGAGCCAAGACCUGGAGGUGUUGCUGAGCCGGAUGCAGGCAGAAGACCCCAGGGACCGGCCCGACCUCGAGGGCAUCAUCGCGCUGUGCGAGGAGAAGAUGCUCUUCACGUCCUCCUGCCGCCUGUGCCGGAGCCUCUCGGCCAUCGGAAGGAGAGUGCUCUCCAUUGAGUCCUUCGGAGCAUUUCAAGAUGUCACCGAGAGUGCCUGGAGCGGGAAGCCUGCCGCAGGAAGCGUGGGGCCCAGGAGGCAGACGGGGGUCCAAGCCAUGGACCCAGGGAGCAUGCCCCAGCGUCCUGCCCAAGAAGCCCAGGGCAGCCCAAAGCAGCCUGCUGCCUCCCCCUCCAAGCCCCUGCUGUCAGCCCCCGUGAGAAACGGAGAGCAGCCGGCCAGUCUCCUCCUGGACUCCCAACACCCCCCGGGCGACACGGACAGGAGGUGCCUGCGGAAGGUGCAGACGUUCCCCAAGCUCCCGCCUGAUGGCCCCGAGCCCAGCACCCUCUGCCUGACGCUGACCCCCGCCAAGAACCAGCCAUCCACAUCCCAAGUCUUCCCUGCAAACCUCAGCAAGGCCCCUCUAGAUGGGAAAAACGGCCUUUCCAGCUACAAGUCAGAGCCCAGUUCCAGACUGUGGCCGGGGCGGGAGCCCGAGCUCCAGCAAGGGGGACCUGGAGACGCCAGCCGAAGUGGGGACAGGGCGUCUGGGGCGCUGGGCUGGAGCCCGGUGGAGCAAAGCGCCCCGCCCCGUUCCGAAGACCCUGGAGAUGCAGGCCGAGAGCCCAGGACGUGCAGGACUGAGGAGGGGUCCCCAGGCCGAGCUGGGGAGCCGGCUAGCGCCACGGCAGAGCAGGUCGUCUCCCUACAGCAGCUCCUGUGCCAGCUGGGCCGGCCCUUCAAGGAGUGCGAGCUCUGGGCUCUGUCGCACGCGUGUCUCACUGCUCUGCGCGCUCACCACGAGCACCCAGCCUACCUGUGCCUGGACUCCGUGCUGGUGGCCGAGGACGGGGCCGUGCUCUUCAGCCCACCCCCCGCCAACGGCACUUACGACACCUUCUUUCUGGCUCCUGAGGUUGCAGAGCAAGAACUGGUGACUGAGAAGGCCUCCGUGUACGCUGUAGCUGCGGUCCUGUGGACGGCGGCCAAGUUCAGCAUCCCCCGAAACCACAAGCUGGCCCUGCCACGCAGGCUGAAGACCUUCCUCUUGGACAUGGCCAGGCGCAGUGCCCAGGAGCGGCCACACACGGCUGAGGCCAUCAAGAUAUGCGGCACCUACCUCCGUCAGCGAGGCAUGGACAGCAGGAGGAUUUUAGCCCACCUGAGGGCUUCCACCCGCAAGGUCGGACAGGGACUUCCAGAGCAGGUUGACCAGGAGGAAGAGACCAUCGGCCUCCAGAACGCUCUCUCCGUGGUCGAACUGAGCCCCAGCCCAACACCCAUCUCUGGGCCCAGCUCAGGCUUUGUUGGGGUUAGCCACGACCCCAGGCUGGUGGCCGUGCAGGGGCCUAUGCCCACGCAGCCCCCCAGCACUGAAGGGGCCACAUUACUGCCAGUCGCCUUCCCCGCCGCAGCCACACGCUUCAGGCCCAUCGUGCCGGCCCCAGAUGCAGCGGCCGCCAGGGACAGGGAGGGCGAUGGCCAGCAGGCUCCCGAGGCCCCUGGAGCUGCCAACUGGAAGACGCCUGACCAGCCGUCACCUGGUGCUGGACCACAGGGAGCGGCCCCAGAGCCUCUCAGAGAGUCCACGCCAAGAGACAAGGCCCAGGGGAUCCCCUGCGUCCCAGCCCCUGGCCCAGAGGGGGCGUCACCAGUGAUGCCCGAGCCUUCUGCUGAUGUCCCACUCCUGAAGGCACAAGCGCUCGCCACGGAGGAAGGGCCCAGUGUGACCCGCCGUGACCCGAGUCACCCAGCCAAGCCACUCAGGAACAAGGCCACUAAGGGCCCAGGCCAGGAACCUGAGGGUCCGUCAUCAGCUCCAUGGGACCCCUCCCUGGCCCAGGCGAGUCCAGACAGCCCCAAAGGCACCUCUGUCCCAGAGCAGGAUGACCAGUCCACAGACAGUCACCCCGAGCGGCCCCUACCAGCAGACCACAAGCUCGGUGUGUCCAGUGUGGACGCCUCGCCCCUCCCGAAGAGGACAGCCUGCCCGUCACUGCAGGAGGCCACACGUCUCAUCCAGGAGGAGUUUGCCUUCGACGGCUACUUGGACAACGGACUGGAAGCGCUGAUCAUGGGUGAAUACAUUUACGCCUUGAAAGACCUCACCUACGCCACUUUCUGUGGGGCCAUAUUGGAGAAGUUCUGUGACCUCUACUGGGGGGAGAAGUUGCUGCAGAGUCUUUUCAAAGUGGUGAACGGGAGGACGUCCCCCUCCGAGAAUGCUUCAGAGGAGGCUGGGGCAGAGCCCGAGGGCAGCGCAGCCGGCACUCCGAGGGGCUGCUCCAUGUCCAGCAAGAGGCCAUUGCUGCACGGAGCGGGGAAGGAGAAACUGGCCACGGCGCGUGUCGGCCGAGCUCCCUGCCCGUCCCCGUCGCUGUCCGAUGUGGAUGCAGACGAGCUGUCGCGGGGUAACUUUGAGGUGGGAUUCCGGCCUCAGAAGUCCGUCAGAGGCGAGCGGGAACAGCAGCUGGAGGCCGGAGAGCACGGGCAGCAGGGUGGGGGCCCGAGCCCCGAGGCCGUGGCCCAACUGGCCCGGCCCAAGGAGGGGGGCCUGGCCGCGCCCCCGGGCCCGGCGGAGCUCCAGCGCUGCAGCCCCGGCUGGUGCAGUGCCUUCUACGAGGCGGACUGCUUCGGCGCCGACGUCCACAGCUACGCGCGGGAGCUGGCCAGUCAGAAGGCAGGCGCGGCCCCCGGCGCGGACGCCCAGAGCCUGACGUCUCUCCUGGAACCAGAAUGCAGACAGGAGCUGGAGCAGCAGCUGCUGAUAGAGAAGAGGAACUACCGGAAGACCCUGAAGUUCUACCAGAAGCUCCUGCAGAAGGAGAAGCGCAGUAAAGGCUCCGAGGUGAAGACCAUGUUGUCCAAACUGAGAGGGCAGCUGGAAGAAAUGAAGUGCAAAGUGCAGUUCCUGGGACUGGUCAAGAAGUAUCUGCAGGUCAUGUAUGCCGAGCGGUGGGGCCUGGAGCCCUGCGCCCUGCCCGUGAUCGUGAACAUCUCGGCGGCCCACUGUGACACGCUGGAUUUCAGCCCCCUAGACGAGUCCUCAUCCCUCAUCUUCUACAACGUCAGCAAGCACCCACGAGGCGGCAGGCAGAGGAAGGCCCGCGUCCUACAGGCCGGCACACCUCUGGGGCUCAUGGCAUACCUCUACUCCAGCGACGCCUUCCUGGAGGGCUACGUGCAGCAGUUCCUCUACACUUUCCGCUACUUCUGCACACCCCAGGACUUCCUGCACUUCCUCCUGGACCGCAUCAACAGCACCCUGUCCAGGGCCCACCAGGACCCCACCUCGAUCUUCACCAAGAUCUACAAGCGGAGCUUCUGCCUCCUGCAGGCCUGGCUGGAGGACUGCUACGCGGUGGACUUCAUGCGGAACUCCGGGCUCCUGGGCAGGCUGGAGGACUUCAUCUCCUCCAAGAUCCUGCCCCUGGACGGCUCCGCCGAGCACCUGCUGGGCCUCCUGGAGGUGGGCACCGACCGGCGGGCCGAGGGCUCCUCACGCGGCACCGACCUGGAGGACCCCAAGGAGGCCGAGGACGACGCCAGACCUCUCAAUGCCCUCUGUAAGAGGCUCUCGGAAGACGGCAUCUCCCGGAAGAGCUUCCCCUGGAGGCUGUCCCGGGGCAACGGGCUGGCCCUGCCGCACAAGGAGCGCCAGUACACCAUCGCGUCGGCCCUGCCCAAGCCCUGCUUCUUCGAGGACUUCUAUGGCCCCUAUGCCAAGGCUAACGAGAAGGGGCCCUACUUCCUGACCGAGUACAGCACCCACCAGCUCUUCAGCCAGCUGACAUUGCUGCAACAGGAAUUAUUUCAGAAGUGCCAUCCUGUCCACUUCCUCAACUCCCGGGCCCUGGGCGUCAUGGACAAAAGUGUGGCCAUCCCCAAAGCCGGCAUGUCUGAGUCUCCGUCCGCCAAAGCCUGCACCUUGUUUCCGCCCGGCUACGUCCAGGACUCGUACCUGCUGCGGCUCCUGCGCCGCGCGGACGACGUCAGCACCUGGGUGGCGGCGGAAAUCGUGACCAGCCACACCUCCAAGCUGCAGGUGAAUUUGCUGUCCAAGUUUUUGCUGAUUGCGAAGUCUUGCUACGAGCAGAGGAACUUUGCGACAGCCAUGCAGAUCUUGGGAGGCCUGGAGCACCUGGCCGUGAGGCAGUCCCCUGCCUGGAGAAUUCUACCCGCAAAGAUAGCGGAGGUCAUGGAAGAGCUGAAAGCCGUGGAGGUCUUCCUGAAGAGCGACAGCCUGUGUUUGAUGGAAGGACGGCGCUUCCGGGCACAGCCCACGCUGCCCUCAGCCCGCCUCCUGGCCAUGCACGUCCAGCAGCUGGAGACAGGGGGCUUCACCAUGACCAACGGCGCCCACCGGUGGAGCAAGCUCAGAAACAUAGCCAAGGUGGUGAGCCAGGUGCAGGCGUUCCAGGAGAACCCCUACACGUUCGCGCCCGACCCCAAGCUGCAGUCCUACCUCAAGCAAAGAAUCGCACGCUUCAGUGGGGCUGACAUUUCCAUUUUAGCCGCAGACAACAGAGCCUCCUUCCACCAGAUCACCAACGAAAAGCACUCCCGGAAAAUCCAGGACAAGUUACGGAGAAUGAAGGCCACGUUUCAAUAA